AUGUCCAUCUCAAGCCGCCAGGCCACCCUUACAGAUGGUGCGUUUGCCGGUGACACAUACACACGGAAGGCUUCGCGUAGUCCGCCAAACGAAGAUAUGUGCUGCAUAUACGUGCACGCAGGAGCAGGCUACCACAGUCACCAAAACGAGCGAAUCCACUUGGAAGCAUGCAAUGAUGCUGCUCAAUUGGCCAUGUUGAUGUUGAAGAAUGGAGGUACUGCACUGGAUGCUGUUGAAGCUGCCAUCAAGACACUAGAAGACCGGGAGAUCACCAAUGCUGGAUAUGGAAGCAAUCUUGCCAUGGACGGCGUCGUCGAAUGCGAUGCGUCCGUAGUCGACCACUUUGGACGCAGCGGUGCUGUAGGUGCUGUAGCUCAGAUCAAGAACCCCAUCUCGCUCGCAAGGAUGGUCCACGGUCAUUCCAUGAGCGCGCUAACAUUGCGCCGCGUACCACCAAAUCUCCUAGUAGGCCAGGGAGCAACUGACUUUGCAGUAGAAAUGGGUAUGCCUAUCCUCCCACACGAUGCAUUAGUGUCGCCUGCUGCGAAGGAGCGCUGGAUCCGAUGGCGAGCAGAUCUCAAAAUAGCCGAACGUAAAUCGAGAAAGGCUGGGAAUCACCCAUCCUGCUGGAAACUGCGAGAUGACAUGUCACCGUCGGAUGAAGCAGCACGCGAGAUGAUGCGCGAAGAUCACACCAAGAGCCUGUUGGAAGCUCGUCCUGACAUCCUUUCCCCAAAUAACUCAGAUGAGCUACUGUAUUACGACACAGGUGAUGACUCUACUGUUACCACGGAUCCUUCACUGCCAUCAUCAGAAUCCUGGCCUGUUGAUGAGCCGAUAAAAGCUCCUGAAGCAUUGAAACACUCCCUAGUCGCCAGCACAGUAGUUCCUCACACAGUCCCAGAGUCUUCUCAAAGUUCUUUUAUCAACAGCUCACAGCAGGUACCCACAAUCGGUCAAUAUGAGGGCUUCAGGCCAAUGCCAGACCUAUCACCAGCCCAAGGCAUGGGAAAUAUGCGCACACAAGACGCGUAUCGAGAUACUAUGCAUGCCGAAUCUGCACGCAAAUCCUGGGCAGACGGCUCUGGUGAAGAAUCCGAUACCCCCACAGAUGCAAAUGCUGGCCAGUCGGGUUCCUGGAAUGUUUCACUCAACACUGCUGUCGAGACUCCCUUACCAAGCACUCCCAAGCCCGAGACUUCAAAAAUACCGACACCUCGUAGAACGACACUGCUGAGCCAUGCUAGAGAAACAGCUCCAUUGCUCCCGAGGCCUGCCGGACCCUGCCCUCUGCAGCCAGAAAAGGAAGAUCACAUCACUGACACCGUAGGCGCAAUUGCAGUGGAUGGCUGGGGUAAUAUCGCCUGUGGUGCAUCAUCAGGCGGCAUUGGUAUGAAGUAUCGUGGUCGUGUUGGUCCAGCAGCUCUUGUUGGUGUCGGCGCUGCUGUCAUACCUGUCGAUCCUGAUGAUACCGAGCGUACGUGCGUCGCCACUGUAACAAGUGGAACAGGCGAGCACAUGGCUACGACUAUGGCUGCUACUGUAUCUGCCGAGCGUCUAUAUCAAAGCGUGAAAAAGGGGCGUGGUGGAGAAUACGUCGAAGUCACCGAAGACGAAGCUUUGAGGUCAAUGAUCGAGACUGAGUUCAUGGGCAACGUCAAAUACAGCAACUCUGCCGGUGCGAUUGGUAUUUUAGGGGUAAAAAAAGUUCGUGCUGGCAUGUUGCUGUUCUAUGGUCACAAUACCGACUCGUUUGCCAUGGCAUCCAUGUCUUCAGAGGAAGACGCCCCCGUUUGCUCAAUGUCACGAAGCAGUAGCAAUGGCCAGAUCGCACAAGGUGGACGCAUGAUAUCAACCAGAAGGCACAAGAAACCGAAAGCAGCAGCUCGUCGAUUAUAA